AUGCAGCCCCUAACCUCGGAGGAGGAACUGGCGUGCUCCUGCCAGGCUCCCGCCGAACCUGGCGAUCAUGUGCCCCACGCCCGUGGUGUCGGGAAAUCCGACUGCGCGACCCCGAGGGCGUACCCGACGAGGACCAGACGAGGAGCAUCGAGGACCCUCAGGCCCGGUCGGCGCCUCCGUGAUCGGGGCUUCGCGUUCGACAGCGAAGAGCAGCCGGACCAGCGGCACUUCUCCGGCUCCGGCCGCCCGUCGCCAGAGUGGAGAGCGGAGCUGGCCCGCAGCAUGGAGAGAGUGUUCGACAAGAUCUUCGCGGCAGCGGUGGAGUACAAGCUGGAGGUCAUCGUGCUCGCGAGGUUUGGCGCCGGGGCCUUCUCGGUGAACUACCCGGGCCACAUCUACGAG